AUGAACCGAAGGGUAUAUAAUGGUGCUCCCACUUACCCUUCAAUGGGAGAAACCUCAAAUAGAGCAAAGCAAGAGAAAGGAAAAGAAGUAGCUGUUGAAGAAAAAUAUAUAAGUAUUGAGGAACUUGAGACAAGGAUAUGGAGAGAUAGAUUGCUCUUAAGGAAGCUUAAGGAAGAAAGAAGACAAAAAGACAAGAAUAAAUCCUUGGAGUAUCUUAAAAAGAAGACAAUGUCACGUGCACAAGAUGGUAUACUAAGAUACAUGCUAAAGAUGAUGGAUGUUUGCGACAUUCGUGGAUUCAUCUAUGGAAUAAUCCCAGAAACGGGCAAACCAACAAGUGGUUCAUCCGACAAUCUACGAGGUUGGUGGAAAGAAAGAGUGAAGUUUGACAGAAAUGGUCCUGCUGCAAUUGCAAAGUAUGAAGAAGAAAGUGGAAUUUCCGAAAUAAACGAGUUGAAUGGCGAAUCAAUAGCACCUUGCUCAUUGCAAGAGCUUCCUGAUACAACAUUAGGCUCGCUUCUAUCGUCUUUAAUGCAGCAUUGUGAUCCACCACAAAGAAGAUUUCCUUUGGAGAAAGGAAUUUUUCCACCAUGGUGGCCAACAGGGAAAGAACCAUGGUGGAAUGAAAUGGGUUUUAGUAAAGAUCCUGGUCCACCACCUUAUAAGAAGCCUCAUGAUUUGAAAAAAGCUUGGAAAAUUUGUGCUUUGACUGCUGUCAUAAAACAUAUGUCUCCUAAUAUUGAGAAGAUUAAGCAUAUUGUUAGACAAUCAAGGAGUUUGCAAGAUAAACUCACUUCUAAGGAAACAGCUAUUUGGUCUGCUGUUAUGAAUCAUGAAGAAUCACUUGCUAGGGAAAUGUAUCCUGAUUUGUUUCCUAGUUUUUCAUCUAGUGUUGGUGGAAGUAGUUGUUUUCUUUUGGAGCCAAAUGAUUAUGAUAUUGAAGUUCAACAUGAUAGUGAUGUUGAAGGUGAUGAGAGUAAACUAGAAACAAUGUUACCACAACCACAACUGCAGUUGCAAUCGCAACUAUUGCAACUGCAGUUACCAUCAUCAUCAUCGUCAUUAUGGUCUUCUGAUGACAUUGAUGAGAGAAAAGUUGAUGGUCAAUUUGUUGAGAAAACUGGUUCUUUUCAUCAGGCUUUUAAAUGCCUUAAUGUUGAUUGUAAAGUUCAUGAUCUUGGUAAUGCUUUUGUUGGAGGUGGACAACAAAACCAAGUUGAUGCUCAAGCUCAAGUUCAAGUUCAACCACAUUUCAAUAAUUCAAAUGUGUCUUCAAUGAAUAAUCUUGUUAUGAUGCCACCAUCAAAUGAAAAUGGUGCUCAUAAGAGAAAGGCUUGUGAGCUUGUAGAAAAUUCAAUUACUUCUCUUCCAAGUUACCAUGAGGGCUAUAAUUGUAAUAAUCCUCAAUACCAAUGCCAUAAUCAAGGAGGUUCUGUUAACCUAUCAUCACUACCAUCUUCCAAUGUGUCUGUUAUGCAACCAAAUGAAGUUGCUAACAAGAGAAAAUGUGAACUUGCUAGGAAUGUUACUACAAAUAAUAAUGAGCUUUAUUCCUAUUUUAACCCUCAUUGUGAAGAUCAUGGAUUCCAACAAAACAGGAAUGUUGUAAGAAAUCACCAAUUUACUAGCACACAUUCAGAAAGCAGCAACAACAACCAUUUGCAAAUGGUUGGUGUUGGAAGUUCAAAAUCUCAUCAGUUUGUUAACCAGCAACAUGUGCAAGCUGCACCUCUUGAGCAACAUGUUCAAGCUGCUGUACCUCCAGUUACAAAUCAGAUCAAUCACCAUGCAGGAGGAGGUGGAGGAAAUGAAGUGGUAUCUGAUUUGAUGGCUAUCUAUAAAUCAGGCAUUCAGCUGAAGAAAAACACCACCAUGAAUGUUGUUCCAACAAACAACAUGAUUCCAAAUCCUGGUGUUAACCCAAACAAUCUUCAGCCUCAAAUCUACAAUGCUGGUGGUGUUCAACAGAAAAGGAACAACAACACCAUGAGUACUACUCUGCCAGCUGGCAACAUGAUGAUUCCAGCUUCUGGUUUCAAUCAAAACAUUCAGCAGCCUCAAAUCUACAAUACCACUUCAACUGUUCAGCAGAGGAAGAACAGCACCAUGAUGAACAUGAUUCCAACACUUGGUUUUAACCAAAACAACAACCAGCUUCAAAUGGACAAGAAUUUCUAUGGUAAUAAUAAUCAUCAUCAAAGUGUUGGUGUUGGUAAUGGAUACUACAACAAUAGUGCUGAAGUUGGAACCAAUAUUGUUCCUCCAAUGCAUGGAAAUGUGUCAACAACAUCAUUUGAUCAUUUGAGAGGAUUUAAUUCUCAAUCUAAUGUUGAAGCUUAUAACAACAAUGCAUUUAUUGAUUCUCCUAAUGUGGCAACACCAAGUAAUUAUUAUGAUUACAAUUGGUUUUACAAUAAAGGGAAUUAAUAAGGUAAAAUCAUAAAUUACCUUUUUUUAAAAAAAAAAAUUCACCUAUCUUUCAUAAAUAGCCUUCUUUUGGUUUUGGUUUGGAACAUUUUAAUAUGUGCCAAAAUUAAAACUAUAUGAGUCUAUUUGUUAAAGAGUGUGAAACUUAAAAUGGGUAAUUUAUGAUUUUAUUUGUGCUUGGUUGUUGGAUAUGAAGUAAUUGGAGAAGGAAGAUUUGUGUUUUAUGUGUUCUUUUGUUUUUGUGUUAUGUUGUCUUGUUUGGUCUACACAAUGUGUCUUUUUGGGUACCUACUUUUCUAUUAUUGAGUCUAUGUUUAUGUGAAGAGUGAAUUUGAGUCAGUGUGUCUCUCUAAAUAGUUACUAUAUAUUGAGUUUAUAUAUGUGAAGUAUGAAUUUCAGAGUCAGUCUAUGGUUAGGGUCUUGUGUUU